AUGGGAAUGGCUACUCCAGUUCAUCUCUCCCUCCUCUCCAAAACUUCACCCUCACACCUAGUCCUGGCAUUCCCUGGAACCGGGUCCAUUUCUCACAAAACUGCCCGGUUUAAAUGCCUGGCCAGCCAGAGCGGGUUCUUCACGCGACUUGGCAGAUUGAUAAAAGAGAAGGCCAGGAGUGACGUGGAGAAAAUCUUCUCAGGAUUCUCCAAAACCAGAGACAACUUAGCUGUAAUUGACGAACUCCUCCUCUACUGGAACCUCGCCGACACCGACCGAGUCCUUGAUGAACUCGAAGAGGCUCUGUUAGCAUCUGAUUUUGGGCCGAGAAUCACAAUUAAGAUUGUGGAGAGCUUGAGGGAGGAUAUUCUAGCUGGGAAGCUCAAAUCGGGUAGCGAAAUAAAGGAUGCUUUGAAGAGGAGUGUACUUGAAUUGCUAAUUAAGAAAGGGAAUAAGGCUGAUCUUCAGCUUGGAUUCAGGAAACCGGCUGUUAUUAUGAUAGUUGGUGUCAAUGGAGGUGGGAAGACAACGUCUCUUGGAAAACUGGCAUAUAGAUUGAAGAAUGAGGGGGCAAAGAUAUUAAUGGCAGCAGGUGAUACAUUUAGGGCAGCUGCCAGUGAUCAGCUGGAGAUAUGGGCUGAAAGAACUGGAUGUGAUAUUGUUGUGGCUGAGAAGGAGAAGAUCAAAGCAUCAUCAGUUCUUUCACAGGCUGUAAAAAGAGGGAAAGAACAAGGCUUUGAUGUUGUAUUGUGUGAUACAUCAGGACUUGUACCUAUUUUUUCAGGUCUUCACACUAACUACAGCCUGAUGGAAGAGUUGAUAGCAUGUAAGAAAGCUGUAGGCAAAGUUGUUCCUGGUGCACCUAAUGAGAUCCUUCUAGUGCUAGAUGGGAACACUGGUUUGAAUAUGCUUCCACAAGCAAGAGAGUUUAAUGAAGUGGUUGGAAUAACUGGUUUGAUUUUGACUAAACUUGAUGGUUCUGCUAGAGGUGGCUGUGUGGUAAGUGUUGUAGAUGAGCUUGGCAUCCCAGUAAAGUUUGUGGGUGUUGGAGAAGGUGUUGAAGACCUACAACCCUUUGAUGCUGAGGCCUUCGUCAAUGCCAUAUUUUCAUGAGGUCUCAAAUGUGGCAGAUUACAUGACAAAAUUAGUGGAUUAUGCCUGAAACAAUUAAAUUGUAUUGUCCAACUUUCUGCCGUCCAACAUGUCUGUCUCAAGAUACGGCCUUUUCAGAGAAAGUCUUCCAACCUGUUACACCAUUAGAUCUAUCAAAUGUUGGUUUUUGGGAAAUUGGUUUAGGUAGGAAUGGUUGAUGAACUUGCACGGCAAUUUAACAUGAACUCCAUUGUUCUGAAACGCAAGGACAAUUGAUCAGGCGAUCAUUUCCAAAGCAGUUCUUCCUUUGCCUCCUGUUUUGCAGAGCAAUUAGUCUUGCAAGUUGCUGAAAGUUCUUGGCUAAACGACCGGACAUGACAUUGAGAUCUGGAAGACUUUUCCGUGAGGCGGACAACUGGGUUUGCAGAUCCCUUAGUUGCAUGUUAGAUGCUGUUGUUUAGAUCCCAUACGCCAUUCUUCUCCUAUUUUCACUCGACAGAUAAGGCAUGAAACUAUAUUUGUCAAAGAAGGUGGAGUGAAACUUGUAGCUUUUAUCUUGUUCUUGUAGCCUUUUUUUUUUUUUUUAAAUAUAAUUUAGUUUUAUUAUUUUA